ACAAUAUAAAUAAGCUCUUCAAUUAAAUCCAUCAUCUUACCAAAAUGAAUCUUCAGUUUUUGUUUAUAAUUUUUUGUGUCUCUUGUGUUCAAUCAUCACUCUAUCCAAAGGAUAGUUUGACUCGGUUCACUCGUUCAUUAGAUGGAAUCUGGAACUUCAGGAUAUCUCCAAUUGACGACCAAAAUGUAGGGUUCAAAGAGAAAUGGUUUGCUUCUCCAUUAUCACAGACUGGAUCUGUGAUACCAAUGCCAGUGCCUUCAAGUUUCAAUGACAUUACUCAAGAAAAAUCAAUUCGUGACUUCAUUGGUUGGGCUUGGUAUGACACUGAAUUUUAUGUUGAUCCAUCGUGGUUAAACUCUAAUCGUCAAGUUAUACUGAGAUUUUCAUCAGUAAAUUACGCAGCAAAAGUCUAUGUUAAUGGAGUCAAUGUAACUGAACACAUUGGUGGACACCUUCCAUUUGAGGUGUUGGUCAAAGAAAAUUUGAUCUCUACUGGUGUUAAUAGAUUAACUGUGGCUGUUAAUAACACACUUGAUGAACACACAGUUCCACCUGGACAAUUGGUUUGGAAAAAUGGGACUGAUUAUCCGAAAAAUUUUUACGUUUUUACACCCAAUUUUGACUUCUUCAACUAUGCUGGUAUCCAUAGAAGUGUUCAUCUUUAUUCAGUUCCCUCUACUUUCAUCAAAAAAGUUAAACUUGCUUCUGACUUGAUAUAUGAAAACUCUUCUGGUGUCAUUAAUUAUGCAUUAAGUGUUAAUCUUGAUGAAUCUGCUUCACAAAGUGAUUAUAAAGUAGAUUUAGUAAUCAAAGACGCUGAAGACAAGGUGAUAGCACUUUAUGUUGGCGAUUACUCUGGAAGUGUUACUAUUCCUGAAGUAAAUGCAUGGUGGCCUUACUUAAUGAACCCGAAACCAGCUUAUCUUUAUAAAGUUGUGUUUGAAAUAAGCAAAGAUUCACAAUUAGUAGAUCAAUAUGAAUUUAAAAUUGGAUUCAGAAAAGUUGAAAUCACUGAGAAACAAUUCCUGAUCAAUGGGAAACCAUUUUACUUCACUGGGUUUGGAAGACAUGAAGACAGUAAUAUUCGCGGUCGAGGAUUGGAUCAAGUCUUGAAUGUCAAAGAUUUCAACCUUAUUCGAUGGAUUGGAGCUAAUUCAUUUCGAACCUCUCAUUAUCCCUAUUCUGAAGAAAUGAUGGAUCUAGCUGAUUCCCAAGGAAUUGUUGUUGUAGAUGAAUGUCCAGCAGUUGGGUUAGAAUCGUUUGACAACAUAAAACUAAACCUUCACAGACAAUUUUUAACCGAACUAAUCGAUCGGGAUUACCAUCGACCAUCAGUUGUAAUGUGGUCCAUCGCUAAUGAACCAAGUUCAACUUUAUCAAGUGCUGAUAAUUAUUUCAAAACUAUUUCCUCUCAUGUUAAAAAACUCGAUACAAGUAGACCAGUAACUGCUGCUGUUUCAGUUCAAUUAAGUGGAGACUUGAUGUCACAAUAUCUAGAUGUAAUCAUGAUAAAUCGUUAUUUUGCUUGGUAUUCUGAUUAUGGUGAAGUAGAGGUUAUCAAACCUCAUUUAGUUAAUGAACUUAGGCGCUGGUAUAAAAAAUUUAAGCGACCGAUACUGAUCAGUGAAUAUGGAACCGAUACAAUCCCUGGCAUACAUGCGAGUCCAUCCUACAUGUUUUCAGAAGACUAUCAAACUGAAUGUUUAAUGGAAUGGUUUGAUGGGUUUGACCAACUUCGAGCUGACGGAUUUUUUGUUGGGGAAAUGAUAUGGAAUUUCGCUGAUUUUAUGACUGCUCAAGGUACAACUAGAGUUUAUGGGAAUCGUAAAGGAAUCUUCACCAGAGAACGUCAACCAAAAGCUGCUGCUAAAUUACUUCGAUGUCGAUACUUUAAUAUACACAAUGCUUCUGUAAUCGAUCACAAUAUGUAUUGUCCAGCUCGAUGAAUCUUUCCUUGGCUAAUGUUUCAACUAAAUUUCUGACUUGACAUGACAAUAAAAAUAAAGACGAAAAUUUCAAUUACUGAAUUGAGUAAAAGGCUUCACAAAUUGUUGUGAUUAAGAUGUAAAGUGUUUUUACCCAAAAAAAUACAAUUAAAUCUGUCAAGAAGUUAAUAAUAAUCUUUAAUUUAUUUAA